CCCGUCAGGGAAGCUCGGUGCAGAUCGAGUAUGCACUCAACGCCGUGGCUGCCGGUGCCACGUCGCUCGGCAUCAAAGCGACCAAUGGCGUGGUGAUUGCCACGGAGAAGAAGCUUCCUACAGAGCUCAUAGACGAGACCUCGGUGAAGAAGAUUCAACUGCUCACGGACAACUCGGGAGUUGUCUACAGGAGGGCAUUCCGCCGUCACAGCUGGUGCUCACCACCACGUGCCGUGCCACACAUGCCCAUCGCCGUGCCACACAUGCCCAUCCCCGUGCCACACGUGCCCAUCCCCGUGCCACACAUGCCCAUCGCCGUGCCACACAUGCCCAUCCCCGUGCCACACGUGCCCAUCCCCGUGCCACACAUGCCCAUCGCCGUGCCACACAUGCCCAUCGCCGUGCCACACAUGCCCAUCGCCGUGCCACACAUGCCCAUCGCCGAGGGCAUUCCAGUGUCGCAGCUGGUGCGGGAGACAGCGGCGGUCAUGCAGGAGUUCACUCAGUCAGGGGGGGUGAGGCCGUUCGGUGUGUCGCUGUUGAUGGCGGGGUAUGACUCACAGGGCCCGCACCUGUACCAGGUGGAUCCCUCGGGUUCCUACUUCGCAUGGAAGGCCUCCGCCAUUGGCAAGAACAUGACCAACGCCAAGACGUUUCUUGAGAAGAGGUAUACAGAGGACAUGGAGCUAGAGGAUGCGAUUCACACGGCCAUUCUCACUCUCAAAGAAGGGUUUGAGGGGCAAAUUGCAGGCGACAACAUUGAGAUUGGUAUUGUGGGCAGCGACAAGAAGUUCAGCCUUCUCCGCUGCUUUCCGUCCCUCUCCUCUCUCCAUAUGCACUCUCGCAAAAUCCACUUCACCUGCUCGCUGAUGCACCGUCUUCCACCUCCCUCCAUCUCCCUUCACCGCACUCCACCUCUCUCAGUGCGUGCGCUGCUAGCCAUCAACCGUGCUGGACCUGUCGCAAGUGGGACGUUGUCAGGCUCACUGCCUCCUUAUGCACUCACCCAGCUAUGGCGCCUCACAUACCUGAGCCUGGCCAACAGCCCUCAAGUCCAGGGAAAGCUGCAUGCCGUCACCCUCCCACCAGCCCUUGCUUUCCUGGACCUCUCAUACACAGCUGUGUCCGGCGCCUUGCCCAACACUCUCUCCACCCUCACCAACCUGGCUUAUCUGGAACUCGCAUACACAUCCUUAUCAGGACAGCUGCCGUCCACGUUAUCUGCACUGUCCAAGCUCUCCCACCUGUGGGUCCCGAACAUUCACCUGCAGGGCGGCCAGGUGGGAGGCUCCAUCACCACGCUCACCUUUGUGUCUCACCUAACCCGCCUGCACACGCUGGAGCUCUUUGGAUUCGACGCCAUGACAGACGGCCACAUGACCUCCCUCAGCGGCCUCUCCACCCUCACCCGCCUGCAGAAGCUCACCUACUUCAGGAAUGUGUCUUGCAACUUCGCCAACCCCUUCCCCAACACACUCCUCUUCACCAACCGCGCCCUCUUCUCCCACUUCCCCACCGGGCACCGAUCUCAACCCCUCUACACCGCCAGGGACCUGUCUUACAACUACUUUUCCGACUUCCCAACCUGGAUUGUUGACCUCACCCGCCUCCAGUACAUAGACGUGUUGCACCAGUACGAGCAGCGCUGGGGCUACAUUCCCCGCGACCUUGACAGGCUCACCGGCCUCCGCACCUUGUCAGUCAGUGCCGCACCUUGUCAGUCAGUGCCGCACCUUGUCAGUCAGUGCCGCACCUUGUCAGUCAGUGCCGCACCUUGUCAGUCAGUGCCGCACCUUGUCAGUCAGUGCCGCACCUUGUCAGUCAGUGCUGCACCUUGUCAGUCAGUGCCGCACCUUGUCAGUCAGUGCCGCACCUUGUCAGUCAGUGCCGCACCUUGUCAGUCAGUGCCGCACCUUGUCAGUCAGUGCCGCACCUUGUCAGUCAGUGCCGCACCUUGUCAGUGCCCAGUGCUGCUCAAGCAUCUUGCUGUCGGCAACGGCCUGUCGGGCUUCCUCCCAGAGACGUGGAGCAGACUCACUGCACUGGAACGCCUGCACCUCAAGAGCAGUUCUGCACUGUCGCCCUGCCCUCCCACCACCUCUCAUUUAACUCAAUUCUCUCUCAGCGAUCUGCAAGGGAACAAGCUGGAAGGCUCCAUUCCAGGCAGCUACUCCGUUCUUAAAGCCCUUACCUACCUCAACCUUGGCAACAACCAAUUUAGCGGACCCAUUCCGGACUUCCUGGGAUCACUGCCUAACCUCAUGGAGCUCAUGGCGUCGCGCAACCUGCUCUCCGGCGCCCUGCCCUCCGCCCUUCAAACCUCAGCUUCCCUGGAACAACUGCACCUAGAGGGCAACGGGAUUGCAGGGUCUCUACCGGACUUCUCUCGCUGGAACACGUCUCUCACUGCUCUGUUCCUAGCAGGCAACAACCUCACGGGCCAUAUCCCCCCCUCCAUCUCCACCCUCACCUCCCUCCUCAUCCUUAGCCUGCACAACAAUCAGUUGGAUGGACCCUUCCCAACCAGCCUCCUCUCCAUCACCUCCCUCGAGUCCUUGCUGCUGGCACGCAACAGCAUUCAGGGCACCCUCCCAGACAGCCUGGGCCAACUCUCUUCCCUGCGCCACCUCUGGUUGAGUCACAAUAAUCUCACAGGGAAGCUUCCGUCCUCCUUCUGUAACCUGUCCCGUUUAGAAAUCCUGUACCUGAGCAGCAACAGCUUUUACGGCCCCAUCCCCGAUUGUCUCUUCAGGGCCUUCCCCUGCCUCAACAGACUGGACGUGAGUCACAACAGCUUCUACGGGCGAAUCAACCGCAACUUCGAGGGCAUAGUGCCCACAGCAGGGGCCCUCCUCAACCUCGCCCACAACUUCUUCUACGGCGACCCCGUGCUCUUCGCCAGUGGCUGCCAGUUCUGCCCGUCAGAAAUCGCGGCGGAGAGCGUGGUGGAGCCCGGGGAUCUGAGCGUACAAGCCGGAGGGAACUGCGUCGUGCAGUCAGAGGCGGGCAGAGCACCACUGGUGGUGGCACGGCAGUACGAGAGGGGGCAGGCCAGCCUGGCAAACAACUGCUUCCAGCCCACCGCCCCCCUCUCCUGCCCCGCCACUCCCUACUCCAACCCCAACACCCCUCCCAACUCCUCCACUUCCUCCUCCAUUUCCUCCUCCUCCCCAUCCUCCUCCUCCACCUCACCCACAUUCUCCCAGCGCACGCCAGCGGCAUGCAGGGCGUUCUGCAGCAUCACGGACAACGGCCCCUGUGACGGCCAUGGGGCCUGUGUGCCGCCCCCCCAGGGAGGGGACUCUUCUCAGGGCUCAACUGCCAACUUCUCGUGCCAGUGUGACGUGGGGUACAGUGUGUUUGACAGUGGUAACGGGUCGACGUGCGUCAUACUCACCACCACCACGGUCCCUGGUCCAGGUGGGUGGGUCUCUUCACAGCAAAAAUAA